AUGUCCCUUCCCUGGAAACGCCUAAUCCGCUUCCGCGCCAUUGACGGCCGCAUCUUGCGCCGGGAGCCCAUCCCGCCCGCAGAGCGCGAAAUGGACCUGGGACAGAACACCGAAGCCAAUCAACUACAAGCUCGAGUCCUCCAGGGUGAAGACACCCACGAUACAACAGGUGCAAUCAAGGUGAUGAGCGAGAUUGUCGGGAUCCAACAAAUUUUCUCCCCGCUAGCCCCUAGCGACGUCCCAUUCUCCGGUGCGUGGGCCUCCAUUACGCCAAGCACAGACCACGGCGAACCCAUCGUGAUUCCGCCCAUCGCCCAGAACGACCAAGCUGACUACAAAGGAGAAUGGGAAUGA